CUUAGUAGGCAUUUCAAUACCAAUUUCUACCAAAUUAGUCAUUGUCAUUCUCUUGCAGCUAGGAAAAUAGUAAAACAACAUUAACUAUGAUGUCUUCGCUUCCAAGCAGUACGUGGAGCGAGCAGCUACGAGAUGUGCUCAGUUCGCCGUUGGGAAUCGUGGCAUUGACGUGCAUCGUGGGCUACAUGGCCUAUAUGCUUGUGCGUCGCGACUAUCCCACCUACGAUGAUGAGGACUAUGAGAAGGAGGGACACGUCAAGAUACCGGCGCCUCUGCAAAAUCUUCGUAUGACCAGAAAGAAGCUUGAGCACUACGACUCACAUAACCCCAAGGGCCGAUAUUUGAUUGCACUGCACGGCACCAUCUACGAUGUCUCGUGUGCUCCGCACGACUUUGGACCCAAUGGCAACUACGAGACGCUUGCCGGCACCGAUAUAAUGUGGUAUAUCCGGAGUACAGCUCGCUUCGAGUCUCGCGACUUCAAGACCUAUCUGGAUGAGUGGAAAACGAUGCUCGAAGAUCAUUUCUAUGUGGCCGGCGUCUUGAUAGAGCCCAACGAACUGACCGAUUCCGAGGGCAGUACAGUGUACGACUCCGCCACGGAAUUGAAUGAACACAUGAAUGAGGGCUAUGCCGCGACCAAUAAGGGUUCAGACAUCGCGACCAAAAUUCAACUUAACGAAGGUAUAAGACCUGAAAUUUUUUCCAAACUUGAAGAAAGCUUCACUAAUUCAAAGCUCGAGGAUGCUGACAACACUCUGGUCGACUGUUCCGAUGGCGACAAGACUAUUUUAGCUUCGUAGGCGAAAUAUUUAUUUUACAAAGCAAAGUCUACCUGAAGAUCUCCAUUGUACUAAAACAUAAAACAAACAUGAAACAUAAAUAUAUAUAUUUA